AUGAUACGAUCGUCAUCGUAUUCAACUAAUUGUCUAACGAUCAGUGCUUUCCAGUGCACUUUGUUUCAAAACAUCAUUUUUUAUGACGAUCACCACUGUUUCUUUUCUUGUGGCGAUGGUGUGAUAAGGAACAAUGUAGUGCAUGACAGUCCGAAAGGAAAAAAAGAACAUGCAUUGAUUCUUUGCACUGUUUAUCACCGAUUUACGUAA